AUGGUGGACCUCCAUUCAGAUUCGUUCCAGAGCUCGACUACGGUCUCAGAUGAGGAUAUUGACCUCUCGGAACCUCCAUCCCCACCCCACAGAUACCCGGGACAUGUCCAGCGACAGCCUGAACCCCUACUGGCCUCAAAGUCAGACCUCUCAAUCAUUGUCUCAGACCUAAAGGCCUUCUUUGCAUCUGAAUUAGUGCUUUUGGAGGACCUGGGCACGCUGAAAGGCCGCAUUAAGGCCACAGAAGAGGAUAUUCAAGACCUCAGAAUCAUUCAAGACUUUUCGGCAACACAAACAACCUCCGCUCUACCUGCGAGCACCUUAAUGCCAGUAUUGGGCAGCUAG